AUGAUCGAGCCCAGCAUCACUGUCGCCGUGACAGGUGGCAAUCCACCAAUCACCACCACGACGAUGGCGACCACGACCACACCGAGUGCUUACGUGGAAACCGCAUCUUUCACUCACGUCAGGCUUCCGGGGUUCUGGCAUAACUCCCCUACGCAGUGGUUCACGCACGCGGACGCCAUGUUCGCGAACAAGCGAAUCCGCUCGGGUCUGCCGCGCGUGAACCACGUGCUUGAAGCUCUGGACGAAGACGGUGUCCGCACGAUCGCGGAUCUGCUCGGAUCGGACGCGACGUACGAGUCCAUCCGACAACGACUCAUCGCCGCAUACAGCAUUCCGCAAGCAACGUGCUUCCAGCGCAUGAUCCAGCCCGGCGGCAUGGGCGAUCGCGCCCCAUCACGCCUGCUCCGGGACAUGCGGGAAAUCUACCCCGACGGCAUGACGGAGUCCUCUCUGCUCGCGUUUUGGCUGAGCAAGCUGCCGCCACCUGUCCGCACCGUCAUCGCCGGUCUUACCGGUUCCGUCGACUUCCUCGCCGAACGCGCCGACCGAGUUUGGGAGGCGUCUCAGAGCAGUGAAAUUUCGGCUGUCACGAGGGACCACGACUUACGCGAGUCGCAACACAUCACUCGCCCGAUCCCGCCGGCAGGUCCACCCGACCAAGACGCGCGUUUUCUCGCGCUUGAAAACGCGAUACACGCGCUUACAGCUCAAGUCGCGUCCCUGGCCACAUCACAAGCAGCCGCGUUGACUCGCACGACCAACGAUCGUUCCACGCGCCAACAGCGUGAUCGCUCCCGCUCGCAGUCGCAGCCGCGGCCCAUCAUAACGGCUGGUUGGUGCUACUACCACGACCAGUACGGCGCGGAUGCGCGCAAGUGCCGCGACCCGUGCACUUACGUGUCGGCGACACAGAAAAAUCCAUGA